AUGAGUUACCCCACCUUUUUUAUACAAGGAGUCUUCAAAGCCGUUGUCAAGGUCGUAUGUGCCAGCCUCCUGGGACACACCGUCGUGAGGCUCGAUCACUUAGAUCUCGAGAAGAAAAAGUUUUUGGCAAACUUGAACAUGAUGCUCUUUACGCCAUGUCUGAUUUUUACAAAACUUGCCUCUCGACUCACAACCGACAAGCUUUCCGAGCUUGCGAUUAUCCCGGUUAUCUUUUUCAUACAGACGUUUGUUUCUUGGGGUAUUUCUGUUAUAGUCGGCAGGCUGUUUGGCUUUAGCAGACGAUCUGCCAAUUUCAUAACGGCCGUGGGCGUUUUCGGCAAUUCUAACUCGCUUCCUAUUUCCCUGGUCCUCUUGGUGUCGCAAACCAUCAAAGAACUACACCGGGAUAGAAUUCCUGAAGAUAAUAAUGAAGAAGUUGGUGCACGAGGGGAUACCACGGAGGAGGGCCAAUUCCGCCAUGAAGAAGGCGACGAGCAUGGAACCCAGUCUCUUAUAGGUGCAGCCAACGGAGGCUUGGAUUCCAAUGAUGAUCGCCGUAAUAUCGACUCUCAAGGCUUUGAUCCCGUUGGGUGCACACCCGUUGCCAAUACCUCGAAGGUUCCUUUAACGAUUUUUAGCGAUGAGAACAUCAAGAUGAACUUUUUGAGGGACAGUGGAUCGUCAAGCGCCGACAUAUACUAUUUCCCUCGCAUCCGCCCCAUUAAGAACCAGGAGUCGAACAGAUUCCUUGCAACGGUCAAGGCUAGGUUCGGUCUUUGGAAGAGCAUAACUUUGGAACCCCUCGAGCAUUGGUAUGAAAGUUUGCCUUAUCCUAUCCAGUACUCGUUGAGCUUGUCGAAGAGAACUGGGAGGAAGUGCAUCAACUUCAUCUGGGAAUUCAUAAACCCACCCCUCUGGGCCAUGCUAAUUGCCAUUCUUACUGGAUCCAUCCGCUCUCUUCAGAGAUUCUUCUUUGAGGAUGGUUCCUUGGUCCAGAAUAGCAUAACCACUGCCAUCCGCUCUAGUGGCAACGUCGCGGUUACGUUGAUUUUGGUAGUCCUAGGCGCCAACUUGGCACGCAACACCAUGCCCACGGACGAGACUCAGGAUCCCGAAGAAAAGCGAUAUGGAAACAAGCUCCUGAUCGCCUCGCUCAUCUCCCGAAUGUUGCUGCCCACCAUCACCAUGGCUCCGAUUCUGGCGCUGAUGGCCAAGUACCUACCGAUUAGUAUCCUCAACGACCCCAUCUUCGUGGUCGUCUGCUUCUUGCUCGCCGGCGCGCCUAGCGCUCUUGAACUGGCGCAGAUUUGUCAGAUCAAUAGCAUUUUUGUGACGACCAUAGGAAGGGUUCUGUUUCAAAGCUACGUUAUUUGGAUUUUCCCUUCCACACUUGCCCUCGUGAUACUGGCGCUUGGGGUCGUUGAAUGGUCUAAGUAG